CUGUCGCACAUCCUUCGUGCUCGUUGCUCUAAUACUCUUCCUCUCUGAUAAAAUAUUUCAUCUCUGUGGUUGUUUGGCUCAUUGUUUCUAUUCCGCUGCUCGCCCUCCCCCCGGCUUCUUAUCGGCUCGCUGUGUCGUCAUCACCGUAUCAUUAACAAACCACGUAGAACAAACCAGCAACCUGCAACCUGCAACAAUUCUCGUUCGCAGCUCCUCUCCGCUCGCUCAGACCGCUGCAUUCACUCUCUUCAGCCCCAAGCCCCCGACGCCAGGAUGGAUUUUCAUCUAGUGCCUCGCGGGGAAGAUCGCAACUAUACUGGUUUCUUGACGAAAACAAUCGUCUACACCGGUUCCCUGAUAUUAUUCUUAGCCUCCUUCGGAUUGACUAUUUCCUCCAUUGUUGUGCCAAAAUGGGUCAGCUAUGAUAACGAUAAGCCCUUCUUUCAUUACUCCUACGGCCUCCACCGCCGCUGUUCCUCCCUCACCGGCACCUGCGAGAGCUUCCCGCAACGCGAAGAUUGCCACGGCGAGGAUCGGUAUUUCUGCUCCAUGUGGCGCUCGGUCGGGUUUCUGAUGUCGUUUGCCGUGGUAUUGGAGGGCAUGAGCGUGGUCGCGUUUCUGAUUGUCUUGUCCGGUGGGAAACGGUUGCGCGAGUCUGGAUGGAAGAUCCUAAGUCUGUUCAUUCUGAUGUCUGCCGUGGUACAAGCUGGGAGUAUGGGUAUCGUGGCAUACCUGUACGACAACGAGGAUCGCUUCUUCGUUGGUUGGCGACUUGAUGAGUCCUGGAUAUAUUGUACAGUCAGCUGGUGCGUGAGCCUGGUCUGCGCGGCGGCAUUGAUUCUUGCAGCGUAUACGUUGCCGUCGGAGGGUGGUUACGAGUUGAUUCCAGAUCAUUCAUGACCCCCAAAAAA